AGUCAAAGACGGACAAUUCUACUAGUGGUCUUAUUAACGUUUUCACUUAAACUGACAUCAGAUCCGAGAAGUACCAAACACAAGAGUGUUACAUUACCCUAAUCAACAUAUAGAGAUACAUCCAUAUCUCUGUACGUAUAGAUUUGUAAUAACAAGAAAGAUGAUGAGUAAAACAGAGGAAGAAGAAGUGAAUCGGCUGGAGAACCAGGUGGAUAAUGGAGGUGGUGGGGCCUGGGAGUACCUCAGUCUUGUAAGGAAGCUCAAAUUAAGGAGACCCAAUAAGGUUGUUAAGCAUGGUUUGUCAAUCUUGAAUGACCCCACCAAAAGAUCUGCUCUUGGUCCUGAUGAGUGGACUCUGUAUGAACAGGUAGCAACUGCAGCUAUGGACUGCCAAUGUACUGAUGUUGCAAAGGACUGCAUAAAGAUUUUACAAAAGAAGUUCCCCGGAAGCAAGAGGGUUGGUAGGCUAGAAGCAAUUUUGUUAGAAGCAAAGGGUUCUUGGGCAGAAGCAGACAAAGCAUACGCAAGUCUUUUAGAAGAAAAUCCAUUGGAUCAGGUAAUUCUGAAAAGAAGAGUAGCCAUGGCAAAGGCUCAAGGAAAUGUAUCGUUGGCCAUUGAGAGGCUCAACCAAUAUCUUGAAAUAUUCAUGGCAGAUCCUGAUGCUUGGAGAGAACUUGCUGAGAUAUACAUCUCCUUGCAAAUGUACAAGCAAGCAGCGUUCUGUUAUGAGGAACUUAUAUUAGCUCAACCAAUGAUUCCUCUGUACCACCUAGCAUAUGCUGAUGUGCUUUAUACAUUAGGUGGACUGGAAAACAUUUUAACAGCUAAAAGAUAUUAUGCCUCUACCAUAGACUUGACCGGUGGUAAAAACGUCAGAGCACUUAUGGGCAUCUGUUUGUGUACAUCUGCCGUCGCUCAGCUUAGUAAAGGGCGUAAUAAGGAGGACAAGGAUGGCUCAGAGCUUCAUUCUUUAGCAUCUACUGCACUUGAGAAAAACUACAAGAAGAUAUCUCCGGACAAUCUUCCCCUGCUCACUUCCACCUUGAAAAGCUUGAAGCUUCAAUCUUAAAUUUUCCCAUAUUGUAUGGUGCUUCCAUUUUCUCAUCCCCCCUUCUGAAUUAAAAGCGGGACCUCAGCUACACCUUAGUCAAGUUUUCAGAUUUGACAAAUGCUGUUUACAAUUCCUUAUAAUUUUGACCUAUAUUAAGAUCAUUGAUGUGAUGUAUUUUAAACAUGUUUUAUUUGAUUGUUCUGACA